GCUUAGCUUUAGAAUUUUUACUGUGUGCUCGAGCAGCUGGUACAAAAACAAAUAUAAUAAUAAUAGCAAAGCAAUUAAAAGACAACAUAUGAUCGGGUUUUUGACAAUUUUCAACACGAGCGUUAUUUUCGUAGCUCCUUUCGCUGCGCGACUGCCGCUUUGUAUUCCGGUCUAAUAAGUCUGUCGUAAGAGGGCAGACGACUCGCACGUGUUUGUUUAGACUGUGUAUGGUUUCGAAGCGAAAGCACUUGCUUUCGAAAACAUAAAAAAAUAUAGUAACAAAAUUACGAAUUUUCAUAAUUUGAAAAAGAAUUGAAAGUAAUUGGACUAAAGUAAAAAUUAUGUGGCGCUGUAAGUGAGCAGUCAAUAUAUGAAAACAUAACAAAGAAAAAUAAGAAAAAUUUUGAAUGUUUGCUAUAAUUGGAAAAAUCGAUAAUUUUCUUGGCUAACGUAAACAUUAUCGUGUGCGAAACGACAAAGCACGUGCUUUCUUCUAAUUAGUAAAUAACCGAAUAACUUGCAUUCCAAUAAGUCGCUGUCAGACUUUUCAUUCAAGUAUUUUGUAGAUGUUGAUAAAAAGCAAUCUUUAAGUUGAUACUCGACGUGGAAAGCUUUAUAUAGAAACAUACUUACAUACAUAAAUACUCAACUUGCGCUUCGCAAAUAGCUUGAAUAAGUCUUUCGAUAUCGGAGAACAGUUCAAUUAAGAUGUCAGUCAUGACGCCGGAGAAAUCAAUUUUAGCUUACUUCAAUCACUUUAUAGUGAGCAACUUUUCAUAUUUACUUGAUGAGAUUGACGGCUAUUUGUAUUACUUUGGUGGUACGGCGGGCGUUAUCACAAUAACUGGUAUUGCAGCAGCGGCUACUUAUUAUUUAAAAUCGCGUCCCAUACCGGAAAAGCCGCUAGUGCCUCUGGAUAAUCAAGCGCCUAUAUUGGAGGGUCCUGAUCACAUACACGUUUCGAAAUUCUAUAAAGAAGCGAAGAACGGCAAAUUCAUCAGUUACAUUACCGAGAAUGUGCGCACGCUAUAUCAGACAUUUCGUGAAGGUGCCUACUCCUCAAACAAUGGACCGUGUUUGGGUUGGCGCGAGACACUCACAUCACCAUACCAGUGGAUCAAUUACGAUGAAGCCUUGCUACGCGCCAAGAAUUUCGGCGCCGGCAUGAUUGCUUUAGGUGCGCGUCCCAAACAAUUGAUUGGCAUUUACUCGCAAAACCGUCCCGAAUGGAUUUUAUAUGAGCAAGGUUGUUACAGUUUUUCUUUGGUUGUGGUGCCGUUGUACGAUACGCUCGGACCGGAAGCGUGUGCCUUCAUCAUGCGUCAAACAGAAAUGUCAUUGGUUGUUGUGGAGGAUGAUGCCAAGGCUUUGAUGUUGUUGGAGAAAGCGCCGCCCACGCUGAAGAUCAUAGUCUCAAUUAAGCCUAUAAGGCAGCAUACGCUGGAACGCGCCCGAAGCCGCGGCAUACAGAUAUUCUCUUUCAUCGAUGUGGAGAAAUUGGGCGCUAAGGGCAACCAUCCGGAAGUGCCGCCAGUAUCCGAAGACUUGUGCACCGUUUGCUACACAUCCGGCACUACAGGCAAUCCGAAGGGUGUGAUGCUCACGCACGGCAAUGUGGUCGCCGGCGUAUGCGCGGUGAUCUUGCAAAUGGGUGAACACCGCAUACGGGCAGGCGAUGUCAUGAUAUCAUUCCUGCCGUUGGCGCAUAUGUUUGAGCGUUGCUGUGAGAACGGCAUCUACUAUGUGGGCGGCUGCGUGGGCUUCUAUUCGGGCGACAUUAAGGAGCUGACUAACGAUUUGAAAAUGUUGAAACCAACCGUAAUGCCAGCGGUGCCGCGUUUACUUAAUCGCGUUUAUGAUAAAAUACAAAAUGAGAUUGCCUCGUCGGCCAUCAAGCGUACUUUAUUCAAUAUGGCGCUCAAGGCCAAGGAGAAAGAGCUCUCGCGCGGUAUUAUGCGUCGCAACGGCUGCUGGGACAAGUUGGUCUUCAAAAAAGUGCACCAAGCUUUUGGCGGGAAUCUGCGUCUGAUGGUUGUCGGUUCCGCGCCGCUGGCCGGCAAUGUCUUGACAUUCAUGCGCUGUGCACUCGGCUGCUUGGUGUUGGAGGGUUACGGCCAAACCGAAUGUACUGGCGCCAUUUCAUUAACCGUACAGGGUGACUACGUGCCGAAUCAUGUUGGACCACCGGUCUCCUGCAAUGCCGUCAAACUCGUGGAUGUGCCGGAGAUGGAGUAUUUUGCCAGUCAAAAUACUGGCGAGGUAUGCGUACGCGGCUCCAAUGUGUUCCAUGGUUAUUAUAAAGAUCCAGAGAAAACUGCUGAAGCUGUUGAUUCCGAGGGUUGGCAUCAUACUGGUGACGUCGGCAUGUGGUUGCCAAAUGGCACGCUGCGCAUAAUCGAUCGUCGCAAACAUAUUUUCAAGCUUAGCCAAGGUGAAUACAUUGUGCCAGAGAAAAUUGAGAAUAUCUACACGCUGAGUCAGUACGUCAAUCAGGUGUAUGUGUAUGGCGAGAGUCUUAAGAGCUGUAUUAUUGCCGUCGUUGUGCCUGAUGUGGAUGUGCUCAAGCAAUGGGCUAACGAGAAUCGUGUCAAGGGCACACUCUCUGUGCUCUGCAAUAAUCAACAGGUCAAGGAGCUGAUUAUGAGCGAUAUGCUCAAUUGGGGUAAACAGAGCGGCUUGAAAUCAUUUGAACAAGUGAAAGACAUUUAUUUGCAUCCGGAUCCAUUUUCGGUACAAAAUGGCUUGCUAACGCCGACCUUCAAAGCGAAACGGCCACAAUUGAAGAGCUAUUUCAAGCCGCAGCUGGAUGACAUGUACAAACAUUUAGAUUAGAGUUGAAAUAUAUAAUAGCAAACCGUUUACGAAAAGCAUAGCGCUAAAGCUUAUCCGUGGCUAAUUUUGGGAUACGAACAAAGCAAGCACUGAUAGCCAAUUAAAGCACUGCAGGGAAUAAUGAACCAUAUCUGCAAUAUGAAAUUCCUAAACGAAAAAUGCAAUUAGCGUAAAAAAUGCAAAGUUUCACAAAAUUAAAUUUAAUUAAAAAAUAAAAAUCGGAAAUUUGACUUCGUGGGGGAAAAUUAAUCAAAAAGCAAUUGCAAUAUUUUUAACCAGUUAGCACUUACCACUUUAAUAUAUAGCAGCUUAGCUGCAACUGUUUAUGUAUGGAAUGUAGUAAAUUUACCUAAACUUAUUUAGAGUACCGUUAUAACACGAGCAAAGUAAAACUUUAUUUAAAUUCCAGCAAAAACAAUUAUUAAAAAAAAAACAACAAAAAUACUCUAUUUAUACGUAAAUAGCGCGCCUAACCAAUUAACAAGCAGCAAUUAUAGAAUUACAAUUACUUAUGAAUAUCGAGAAAACCAAAAAGAAGCAGUAAAGAAGCGUAUCGUCACCUAAAAUGCAAAAUAACUAUCACUUUUCGUAAGUUUACAGGCGAAGGAAAACGAUAUAAUAGAAACCACACAAAGUGAAACAAAAUUUGAGUUUUGGUUAUAAAACGGUUAUGUAUAGGUUAUAUAUCGGUUAUAUCUGACAGCUUAAAUACAAAAUAACGUAAAAUCACUUUUCAUAGAACCACAUAAAUUGCAACAAAAUUUGAGUAUUGGUUAUAAAACGGUUAUGUAUAGGUUAUAUAUUGGUUAUAUUUGAUAGUUAAAAUGCAAAAUAACGUAGCAUCACUUUCAUCAGUUUACAGGCGAAAGAAAAACGAUAUAAUAGAAUCCACAAAUUGCAACAAAAUUUGAGCAUUGGUUAUAUAUUAGUUAUAUAUUGGUUAUAUCUGACAGCGGAAGCUUAAAAGUUUAUGAUACAUAUAUGUAGUAAGAUCUAGUGAAUCGUAAGCGAUAAAAAACUCAAUUUCGAAUUAUACGUUGUUUUGCAUUUCAGCUGACGGUAUGUAUGUUAAAUGCGGAGAAAAAUUUUAGCAGUCGAAAGCAAAAAUGCGAACAAUUUAAAUAAUAAAUGAAAAUAUUUAGUUUAUUGUAGAUUUGAAAUAUAUAUAAAUAAUAAAAUGAAAUAUAUAUAAUAUAAAAUGACUUAUAUAUAUAACAUAAAAUGAAAUAUAUCUAAUAUAAACUGUACUAACAGCUUACUUUCGAAUAAAAAAUUACCGAUAUAUUACUAUACCAUAUGUAUGGAUUCAUCAGCUAUGUUUAUACCCUGAACAGUGUGUAUUAAGUUUGCCAUGGUGUUUGUAAGUUACAGCGGUUAACAUCAGAGGCCCUAGAAAAUAUAUACCAUAUGCAAAUGAUCAGCUUGAUGAGCUGCAUCGUUUUAUCCAUGUCCUUCCGUCAGUCUGCAAAUAAACGAACUAGUCACACAGUUUUUGAGAUAUCGAACUGAAACUUUGCAAACGUGCUUUUCUCACCAACGCGCUACUUAUUUAUUGGAAGCAAUGAUAUCGGACAAUUGUAUGAUAUAGCUGUCAUACAAACUGAACGAUCAAAAUCAUAUCCAUGUAUGGACAACUUUUUCAUUUGACGAGAUAUCUUCACAAAAUUUAACACAAAAUAUUUUCAAAGACUGUGCUACAAUCUGCGAAGAAAUUGUUGAGAUCGGGCUACUAUAGCUUAUAGCUGCCAUACAAACUGAAUGAUCAAAUACUCCUCCUUGUAUGGAAAACUCUUUUAUUUGACUAGAUAUAUUCACAAAAUUUGCGUAUACUAUUCUUAAAGACAGCGCUAUAAUCUCCGAAGAAAUUUUUCAGAUCGGCUUACUAUAGCAUAUAGCUGCCGUACAAACUGAUCGAUCAAAAUCAAGUUUUUGUAUGGACAACUUUUUUAUUUACCAACAUUUAACUAUAAAAAAUGCACUUGUGCAGGGUAUUAUAGCUUCGGUGCAGCCGAAGUUAACACUUUUUCUUGUUUUGUAUUACUUUUUGUUUAUUUUUGAUAAUUUUAUGAUAACUACAUUACAUUAAAUGUGAUGCCCAAAGUCAGUGCUUUUAUUAGUUAGUCACUUAAACUUAUUGUUUGUAAUGUAUACGAGUAUAUUUAAUAUUUUAUUAAAUAAAAUCACUUUUAACAAAUAGUAUGAUGAA